AUUAAUGUCGCAAAAGUACGUACCGUAAGCCGCCGGGCAAGAAAUGUCAAAUUUCACGUGUAUUUUUAAACGAUGUUUCCGUGUUUGAAGUGAUUAGGUAAAUGCAGCAUAUUUUUUAAGUAUGCAGACAACAAUUAUAUCAAAGUUUAGGCCAAUUUACCUGGCAGUGCGAUGCUGUCAGCAACGGGGUGUGGCGGUUUGUGGAUGCCAGUUGCAAGUUUCAUCAGCCAGAUUUCCUAGGACAUUGAUAGGUUCUUAUUCUCAACCAUGCAUUUCACCACCAAACCAAUUUCGUUGGUUGAGAACAUUCACCAAAAACCCUCUCAUGUAUUCAGAGGGCAAAUAUUCCUCUACAGAUGAUCCCACACAAAAACAAACUGACAAAGAUCAGACCAAUACAGAAGAAACACAAAAUUCACCAGACAAAAAACCUGAUACUCCAACUGAAUAUGUUGAGAAUACAGAAAAGCUGUCAGUGUUUCAGAGGUUUAAGAAAACCUACAAAGAGCAUGGAAAAGUUCUGGUAGGAGUUCACAUCUUCACAUCUUCAAUAUGGUUUGGCUCAUUCUUCUAUGCAGCCAAAGUUGGAGUGGACGUGAUACCAGUGAUGGAGUGGCUCGGGAUCAGCGAGCGUGUGAUCAGUCCAUUCCGAAGCUCCAGUCUUGGUGAUAUAGCCCUUGCAUAUCUCAUGUAUAAACUGGCCACACCUGCCCGCUACACUGUCACACUUGCUGGGACAAACUUGAUGAUCAAAUACUUAAGAAAGGCUGGUCGCAUUGCUCCGAAAAAGGAGUCGGAGUCAUUCAGAAGUCUUGCAAAAGAUUCCAGAAAGGAGGUUUCUCAGAGGACAAAUAAACUUAGAUUGGAUAUGAAGCAUAGAACCACAAAACUUCAGACAGAUUUUAACAGUCGGAGAAAAGGUUUAACGAGCAGAGUGAAGUCCAAUGUGAAGUUAAGGCAAACCAGUUUAAGAGACAAGUUAAAGAAUAGGAGGAAACAAUUAAGCACUGGUAUCAGGCGUCGAAAAAACUAGCAUGGAGAGUUUUUACAAAGAAGCAGUUUUAAGUACGUGCUUACUUUUUUUCAGCAUUUAGUCCGUACGCAGUCAGUGUUAAACACCAAUGAACUAUUUUAGAACAAAACUUUUAUCGUAUUGCCAGUUGUUUAAGUUUUAUUUAAGGUAGACUAGCAUCAGGGACUCUAUGAUUCAGUCUAAAUUUAGAAAAACAAGUUGAUGAUAAAGAACAUAAAGAACCAAGUUAAAAAAUUGUUUUACCAGAAGGCAAUUUGCUCCUUAUUUAUUCAAGAAGUUCUAUAAAGCAGGACUGCUUACUUUUCAAUCGUUUUUUUUGAAUAUUUAUAUGUGUAUUUAAUACCAUUUACCAGAUGUUCAAGAUAUGCUUGUAUUUCUUUACUAGUUUUAGUAAUAUUUUUUGUCACAAAUGCGCAAUUGAUUUAAGAAAGCAAUUUACCGAUACUUAAUCUGAUUUAAGGCAUCAAUCGAUCAUUAAAGAGAAGUUCUAUAAAGUAGAACUUAGCAGAACUAAGGUACAUGCUUAUUUCUCAACUGUUAAGUGUGAAUACUAGUAUGUGUAUUUUAUAGCAUUAACCAGAUAUUUAAGAUUUACAUGUAUGCUGUUAGUUUAUGAGUUCAUUUUUUAUAAAAUGAGUCUAUUUGUAAUUGAAUAAAUUAUUAAAACUCA